CUGCUGGGCCUGCUCGCGAUGAUCAAGAACGCGGACUUGGACCAGAAUUUGCUCGGGGUGGGGACGGAUCUGGGGACGAUGGGGCUGGAUAUGCAGCAUCAGGGGAACCUGUACUCGACGUUCAUCACGCCGUGGGCGGACGCGUCGGCGGCGCACGCGGUCGAGCCGGACUUCCACCUGCCGGCGUGCUACAACGUGCAGCCGCCUGCGCCGGGGCCGAACAAGGCGGCGGCGUUCAGCGACGACACGCUGUUCUUCAUGUUUUACUCGGCGCCGCGGGACGCGCUGCAGGAGGUCGCGGCGCAGGAGCUGUACAACCGGAACUGGCGGUACCACAAGGAGCUGCGGCUGUGGCUGACGAAGGAGAGCGGGACGGCGCAGUCGCAGAAGGUGCCGAACGGGGAGCAGGGGACGUACACGUUCUGGGACCCCGAGGGGUGGGGCAAGGAGCGCAAGGAGAUGACGGUGCUGUAUGGGGACCUCGAGGAGAAGAGCCAGGCGGCG